AUGGCUCUGUCGUAUUGCAUGCCUAGCAUAUAUCCACACACAUGUUAUCUACUACAUUCUCUUACAAUUCCACAUUCCACACAGCAUACCAUACUUCCAUGCCAAGUCUCAGGUCACGAGGAGACCAUAACUGCAAUCAACUUCCGUGCUUACUGUGAGUCUUGAUUACUGCAAUCAACUUUCCGCGCUUACUGUGUGCAAGUUUUAAGACUUGGCCUUACCAAUCUAUGGUGUUGCACAAGACCCUUGCGUAAAUUAGACUGGAUCAAGUUGAAUACGAUAUCUAACAAGGGCAGGUUCCAGUAGAUAGAGCUUCAUAUAUGGCGAUUACUAGUCUUUGUUCUUCAAUUAUCAAGAUUCUGCUUUUCGCGCUAUCCAUUUUGGCUCAAAUGUCUGUGUCUUGUUCUCUUUCAGAUGAUAUAUCAGAAUCUCACUCUUUGGUUGGACGCAACCUGCUUCAAGCCCAGAAAGCUUGCCCGGUGAGCUUCGAGUUUGAGAACUAUACGAUCAUCACUAGCCAAUGCAAAGGACCUAACUACCCAGCUGGACCAUGUUGCAAGGCUUUUAAAGAAUUUGCUUGCCCUUUCGUGGACGAGUUGAAUGACAUUUCAAAUAUCUGUUCUGAAACCAUGUUCAGUUACAUUACCUUAAUAGGAAAUUACACAGCCGACUUGUUUGGCAGUAUAUGCGUAGAAGGAAAGGAUGGACUCGAUUGCUCUGAGUUCUUACCGCCAGAACCAGAUGACACGACUAGUGGAGCUGGUGCCACACAUAAUACACAUCAACUAUUGGUGUUCACAACUUCCUUUCUGGUGCCAUUGUUAUCAAUGCUGUGAAUCCCAUUUCUGCAAAUAAAGAAAAAGUUAGCGUGCACCAGCAAAGUGCUACUGUCUGUGUCACGCCAUUCCCUGCGUGCUCCAAAGUGUCAAAAACACCAAGGAGUAAACUCAAAAUUGCCACUUAAGUGAUGCUGGUGUGCAUGUUUAGAUGAUUCAGAUCAUCAACAAGGGAGAAAUGUCAUAUUCUCAGGGAACCAAGACACUUCAGGCUAAUAUGUAAUUUUUUUGGCAAAUGCUUCCUUGAAGGCCAAUGUUUAACGCUUUGUUUUGCAAAUGCCAAUGCUGAGCACUUGUUACUUGUUAGGUAUGCGAUAAAAUGAGUGAAUAUAAAGAGAAA